AUCCCUUGACAUGUAGUGGGAAGUAGACAGCACCCUUUGUUUUGGAUAGAGCGUAGCAGAAAACUGAAUCUAAGAAAUGUUUAUGUUUGACGACUGUAUAAUUUGAAUCUGCAUCGAAUAGUUUAUAUGUUGCUUCCUAUUGCCCCAAUCGGUUAAGCAGCGUUAGAACGGAUGUCCCUUUCGGUGAAAAAGAGAUUGAUUUGAUGACCUUUCCAAAGAGCCUGCAGAAGUCGACAGGAGGCGAUCCAUUUCCAAGAACAGCAACCAAACUGGGCUGGACAAGAUACGAAAAUGUGGCCAAGCGGGACGGAUGGUGUUCUUUUAGACCUGCGCCAGAAACGUGCCAAUCAAGAAGCUGUCAAAGAUGAAGAGGCCCAUGACAGUGACGACCCUGAAGACUGUGUUUCAGAUAGCUGGCACUCCAGUUCACAACAUUCCCAAGGUCCAGAAAAUGGCAGCGGUCCAAGAAUGCCCUUAAAUUGCCCCGACUGUGGCAAGUCCUUUUCGCACAGCAGCUCUUUAAAGAGGCAUUCACGGACUCAUACAGGUGUCCGGCCAUUUAUUUGUAAUAUUUGCAACAAGGGAUUCCACUACAAAAAUAAUCUACAGGACCAUGCUAGAACGCAUACUGGAGAAAAGCCAUUUAAGUGUCCAGACUGUGGUCAAAGUUUUGCUCAGAGCAGCACAUUGAACCGUCAUAUAGGAACUCAUGGCAAGGAAAAAUCAUGCCAUGUGUGUGGCAAAUCGUUUGUGAAGUUGAGCCUCCUCCAGAAACACUUUGCUUCUCAUGUAGGAAAUGCAGAGUCAAAUUCAAAAUUAGGAGAAGGAGUUCCGGCUGAACAGUGCAAGGAUGAAGCAAACAAUGCCCGUGCCCGCACGCUUAAGAGUUUGCAAAAUUUAUGUUGUAUAAAAUGUGGCUUAAAAUUUGAGAAAGUUGUUGAUUUACAGCAGCACUUGUGGACACACAUUGGUGUAGGUGAUGGCCAAACUCUUUUCUAUGAGUUGGCUACUAUCAAUGGCUUGCUCAACAUGGUUGACCUCAUUAAGCAAGGUAGUUCUCAGUCCACCGACUAAAUUUGAAGCAUAAUUAUGAUGGUGAACAAAUUUUAGGAGCUAACAAUUCUAUGCCUAGCAUUAUAAUAUGCCUUAAAGAAGACUUUCUAAAGUAUUGCAUGUUUGUGUCAAAAGUUCCUACUGAAGAUUCAUUAUUCCGUCCAUUUAAAAUCUGUUCCUAAACUUAUUUAAUGUGCAUCUUUCAUCUUUUUGUUUACUGAAGGAAUCUUUUAGUUUGAGAAACUGUGUUGACUGUUUCUUUGUUUAUUUUGCUUUAUCUUUGUGAUGUUUAAAGGACCUAAUACACUGCCCCACUUGCCUCACAUUUGAGUGGCAAACAGAAUGUUCAUCUGAAUUGUUAAAUGCUUUAUUUGUGUGUGAUUUCAAUUCCAAACUUUCAACCAUUUAAGUGAAGAUUUCUAUUUUAAGAAAUAACACUACUGUUAUUAAUAUUUGCUGAUGCAUCAUAUUCCUUUCCUUAGAUAGUGUAAGUGUUAAAAUAUACAAAUAAAAAUAUAUAUACUCACAUCUUUUCAGGUGGCCAUAUUGCUCAUAUUGUCUAGGCUAAAUGUACUUGCAUAGUUUUAGCCCUAAAGGGCAGGUAUAUACUAGUCACGAUGAAAAUCCAUUAAUUAAAAUGACUUACAUGAAGUGAUUCAGAUGUCAUGCAAAAAUACUCUUUCUCUUUAUUUUUUCUUUAGCUAGGGACAGUGGCUAUGUUCAUGAAAGCAAUCAAACCAAAGUUUCAGCAGCAUUGGUGCAAGCUUCUUUUUACCUUGAAUGUACAUGCUUGAACUAUUGUGUAUAAAUUGUCAUUCCAAAAGUAAAACUUUACUUAGCAUGGAUUUAUUUCUUUGAUUGGUUUGACUGACAGUAUCUCUUUGAGUGUAGACUUUCACUUUGAACCAAGUGAACUCAAAACAGUAUACAGUACCCCUCAAAUCUUCCUUCUCGUUUAAGGAAUCUUUAGUUCAUGUAACAUUGUUAAUGUUUCUCAGGGAUGAUUGUAAUUAAUUUUAAUGAUUGAAAUGUCACAUCAUGCUUGAUAGAUUUGAAAAACAGAGAUGAGAUGUCUUCUCAGUUAAAAAGUCUGUUGAAUGGAGUGGCACAAAAGGAAUAUUGUGGUAAGUUAUGGACUGCAUACAGCUUAUAAUUUUUGAACAAAUAAGUUCACUAUGCUUGAUUUACAAAUCAUUUAGUCACUAAAACCUGACUGCCGAGUCAAGCCAGGAGGUAGAAAUGGUGAAGAUUGUUGUAAAGAAUAUUAUUCUUUGUUAUUGUUGAUGUUGUUUAGGUAUUUAAACUUUUUGUUUUCAUGAAUAUGGAGGACUAAUGGCUCACAGAUACUGCGUGUACCACUUAAUGUAUCUCAACUCAUUCUACCUCAAAUUUCCUAUUUCUCAACAUUUUUGGUUGACCAAUUUUAUUGUGAGUAUUACGUAUACUUAUGAGAUUAUGUAGAUGCUUACUGCUGAAUUGUUGAAGUAAAAGAAAAUUAGUACACAACCAUCCUUAUUGUCAGACACUAUGUAAAUGAAAAAAAAAAAACCUUUGUAAAUCUGAGGCCACCUCUAUCUGAGGCCAGCUCUAUCCGAAUUCUCAUCAAUUUGCAAUGAAGUGGCUUGUUAUUACUGAGAAGGAUUCCAGCAUCUGAAUGUAGAAUUAUUUCUAGGAAUGUCUAAUAUGAAGAUGGUUAUUUCUAUUUUGUAACAAUUUAUUUGUAAAAUCUCAAGUAUGUGAUCAGUGGUGGCUGAGCACCACAAGCACAACUGCUAUCAACAAUUAUACUUCAAAUCCAACUUUCAAUAAAGCAUGCAUAAUUAACAA